AUGAGUUCAGAGGAGAAGAGUAUAUCUCCAGCUCAUAAAACAUCUACUCCGUCACAUAGGAGUGCCUCCUCUUCAUCAUCGUCUCAGAGGGACAGGAGGCAGAGUGUUCAUAUUUUGGAGAGAAAGGCUUCUUCAGGAAGCACAGACCCUUCUUUAAGCAAGCAGUUCCUUGAAAGCGACUCUAUCUCCCUAUCUAAGGAACCUGACAGCUGGGAAAUCAUAGAGGGUCUGAAAAUAGGCCAGACCAAUGUCCAGAAGCCAGACAAACAUGAAGGUUUCAUGCUGAAAAAGAGAAAAUGGCCUUUAAAAGGUUGGCACAAGAGGUUUUUUGUCCUGGAUAAUGGAAUGUUGAAAUAUUCAAAGUCACCAACUGAUAUACAAAAAGGCAAAGUCCAUGGGAGCAUUGAUGUUGGUUUAUCAGUUAUGUCUAUAAAAAAGAAGGCUCGUAGAAUAGAUCUUGACACGGAAGAACACAUCUAUCAUCUGAAGGUGAAGUCCCAGGAUUCAUUUGAUGCAUGGGUUUCAAAAUUACGCCACCACCGCCUGUACCGUCAGAAUGAGAUUGUGAGAUCUCCGAGAGAUGCUAGCUUUCACAUAUUCCCUUCAGCAUCUACUACAGAGUCUUCACCGGCUGCUAACGUGUCAGAUGGAAAGGUUCAGCAAAAUAGCUUCCCCUGGCAGCCUCCUAUACCUUGCAGUAAUAGCCUUCCUGCCACCUGCACUACCGGUCAGAGUAAAGUAGCAGCCUGGUUGCAGGACUCUGAAGAGAUGGACCGAUGUGCAGAAGAUCUUGCUCAUUGUCAGUCAAAUCUUGUGGAACUCAGUAAACUUCUUCAAAAUUUAGAAAUACUGCAGAGAACUCAGUCAGCACCAAAUUUCACAGACAUGCAGGCUAACUGUGUAGAUAUUUCAAAGAAAGACAAGCGGGUCACAAGACGAUGGAGAACAAAAAGUGUCAGCAAAGAUGCAAAAAUCCAACUUCAGGAAGGGCCGGCACCGAAGGGCCAGUUCAGCACAACACGACGCCGGCAGAGACUGGCAGCUGCAGUGGCUACAACAGUCCCUUUUAGUGCUACAAUGUCACCUGUUCGUCUGCAUUCAUCCAAUCCCAACCUUUGUGCAGACAUUGAAUUUCAGACUCCCCAAAGCCAUGUAACAGACCCCCUGGAGUGCUCCACUGAGUACAUGAAGCUUCAAGAAGAAUUCUGCCUGAUGGCACAAAAAGUGCAUUCUCUUUUGAAGUCUGCCUUUAACAGCAUAGCUAUAGAGAAGGAGAAGCUUAAGCAGAUUGUUUCAGAGCAGGACCUUACAGGCCACAACACUCAAAUAUCACACCUCAGACAGUCCCUCUCUCAGGCUCUCAACCAGAAUGCUGAACUAAGAAGUCGCUUGAACAGAAUACAUUCAGAAUCUGUUAUUUGUGAUCAGGUUGUCAGUGUAAAUAUUAUCCCUAGCCCUGAUGAGACAGGUGAACAAAUUCAUGUCAGUUUGCCAUUGUCUCAGCAAGUUUCUAAUGAGAGCAGGCUCUCUAUGUCUGAAUCUGUUUCAGAGUUCUUUGAUGCACAGGAAGUGCUUCUCUCUGCCAGCUCGUCAGAAAACGAGGCUUCUGAUGAUGAAUCUUACAUCAGUGAUGUGAGUGAUAAUAUAUCUGAGGACAACACCAGUGUUGCAGACAACAUUUCUCGGCAAAUUCUUAAUGGUGAGCUAACAGGAGGCGCCUUCAGGAAUGGACGAAGAACGUGUCUCCCCGCUCCCAGCCCUGACACCAGUAACAUAAAUCUGUGGAAUAUUUUGAGAAAUAAUAUUGGCAAAGAUCUUUCCAAAGUAUCCAUGCCAGUCGAGCUAAAUGAACCUCUGAAUACCUUGCAACAUCUUUGUGAAGAGCUGGAAUACAGUGAACUCUUGGACAAGGCUGCUGAGACAGAUGAUCCUUAUGAACGUAUGGUUCUCAUUGCUGCUUUUGCAGCAUCGGGGUAUGCCUCUACGUACUUUAGAGCAGGAAGCAAGCCAUUUAACCCAGUGCUUGGUGAAACUUAUGAAUGUAUUAGAGAAGACAAAGGAUUUCGAUUUUUCUCAGAGCAGGUUAGCCACCAUCCUCCAAUUUCAGCCUGUCACUGUGAAUCGAAGAACUUUGUGUUUUGGCAAGAUAUCAGGUGGAAAAACAAAUUCUGGGGGAAAUCAAUGGAAAUUCUGCCAGUUGGAACCUUGAAUGUGACUCUUCCAAAGUAUGGAGACUACUAUGUCUGGAACAAAGUCACUACUUGCAUACAUAAUAUUCUUAGUGGAAGGAGAUGGAUUGAACACUAUGGAGAGAUAACUAUCAGAAACACAAAAAGCAGUGUGUGUAUUUGUAAACUCACAUUUCUCAAGGUGAACUACUGGAAUUCAAAUGUAAAUGAGGUCCAGGGUGUUGUGAUAGAUCAGGAAGGGAAGGUGGUUCAUCGCCUUUUUGGGAAGUGGCAUGAAGGCCUUUAUUGUGGUGUUGCACCUUCAGCCAAAUGCAUAUGGAGGCCAGGCUCCAUGCCAACCAAUUAUGAACGUUAUUAUGGCUUUACAAGGGUUGCUAUUGAGCUCAAUGAACUAGAUCCAUUACUGAAAGAUCUUCUUCCUACAACAGAUGCACGAUUCAGGCCAGACCAAAGGCUUCUGGAAGAAGGAAAUAUAGAAGCAGCAGCAUCCGAGAAACAAAGAAUAGAGGAACUCCAGAGAGGUCGGAGGCGAUAUAUGGAAGAAAACAGCAUUGAAUAUGUACCCAAAUUUUUUAAAAAAGUUAUCGAUGCCAAUCAAAGAGAAGCCUGGGUUACCAAUGACACCUAUUGGGAACUGCGAAAGGAUCCUGGCUUCAGUAAAGUAGAAAUUCCUGUACUUUGGUAAACUGAGAAUGUACAUCUAGUAAACAUAUCACUCUGAA